CUUCGUUUGUUUUGUUAUUAUUGAUCAUUGCCAUCAUCAUCAUUCAAAUGAAUAGCCAAUGUUAUUGUGUCUAUAUUUAUGGUUUAGUUUUACAUAAUCCAAUACCGGAUGAUCUUGGUUUAAAAAAUUCACUACAUCAACAUUCAUCAUCCGAAUCAUCCGAAUCAGCAAUUGGACAAGAUCAAAAUAGUCACCAUAUUUAUGAAACAAUCGAUAAUGAUUAUUAUGAUAAUAAUUUUGGUGAUAAAGGAAAAAGAAAUUUCAUUUCUUCGUUUUCUCAACAUGAUAAUCAUCGACAACAACAACAACAACAAACAAAACAAAAAAUUUUAAAUAGCCGAAUAAAAUGUCGACAAGAUUCAGAUUGUAUUGAUGAUGAUGGAUCAGAAAAUGAUCCAUUAAUGUAUUGUGAUCAACAUUAUAGUUAUUGUGAUUAUUUUCGACAGAUUGGUGAAUUAUGUCGUUAUGAUAGUCAAUGUGAUAAUGGAUUAAUAUGUAUGUUUGGUCAAUGUGAAAAACCAUUUGAAAAGGGACAUCUUGGUUCAAGAUGUAAAGAUUCGGAUGAUUGUAAUGAUGGUCUUUGUUGUGCCCGACAACAUGGUGAAAGAAUUUGUAAAACAAAAUUAAAACAUGGUCAACAAUGUUUCGUUCCACUUGGUGGUCUUAAUUAUAGCCUAAAUGAACUUUGUCCAUGUGAUAAUGGUUUAGAAUGUCGUACGAUUAAAUCGAAAAAUUCAUUACGAAGGAAAAGAAAAAAUGAAAAUCUAAUGCGAUGUACAUUUACAACAAACAUCAAUGAAACGACUACAAAUAUUUAA